UGUCAUUGGUGUCUUAUAUUUUUCAUAGAAUUUUCAGUUUUCUAAGCUAAAUAACGUAUAAAAUGGCUUAUUUAACUCAGCCAGACUACGUAAAGUAUAUAUGUUCCUGCGGACAACUAAAACCUAUUACUAGUUUAUAUUUCUGUCGGCAUUGCUUAAAAAUACGUUGCGGUUUCUGCAUUUGUCAUGAGGUGGACUCGCACUACUGUGCUAACUGCUUGGAGAACAUGCCAUCAUCAGAAGCUCGACUCAAGAAGAACAGAUGCAGCAGUUGUUUUGACUGUCCCAGCUGUUUCCACACAUUGUCCACUCGGGCUACAAUGGCUCAGCCUCGGCAGGUCGUGCAGGACCCUGCAGCAGGUGGAGACACCAAGGUUGAAAGCAAGCAGCCCAAGAAAAUGUACUACUUGUCCUGCUUCAACUGCAGGUGGACUUCCAGAGAUGUUGGAAUACCAGAUCAGCCUGUUGCGUCAGGUGGUUGGCCGGAGCGUACGAAUCCGCAUGCAGCGCGCGUCAACCAACUGCUGGAAUAUUACAAGGCUAUCGCACUGCAGGAGAAACAAGAGAAGAUUGAAAGAGAGAGAAAGAAAUUCAACAUUAGAGGGAAAUAUAUCACUCUUACUGACAAGACAGGUUUGACGGGUGCGAUGGCACGCAACAUAGCCGGCCUGCCGUCGAGUGAGAGCUCGUCGUCGGCCAUCGCGAGCUUCGUGCCCAGUCAGGCCAAGGAAGAGGUUGAGGAGUUACCUGAGGAUAUAUUCACCAAGGAGGUCAAUCUGAAUCAGAUAACGAGCAUGCCCCAGCGCCUGGCGUCCCCCGAGUGGCAGCCGUCGUCGGUGUCCCGGCUGCACCCGCUGGCCAAGUUGCUGAGCGUCAAGCGCAGUCAGCGCUGCCGGGCCUGCGACCAUAACCUCACCAAGCCGGAGUACAACCCUGGAUCUAUCAAGUUCAAGAUUGAACUACUGGCAUACUACCAUGUACCAGAAGUAAAGAUAAUCUCCCAUGAGCCCGUCAAACCAGGUGGCAAGUCAGCCCUGCUUCUAAAGCUGACCAACCCGACUGGACAUGAGAUGCAGCUGCGACUGCUGCAGCCCGAGGAUAUUCCACCUCCUGAGGAGAAGGAGGAACCCAAGAGUAUCGAGAAGUCGCUCGAACGAUCACUUAACUUAGAGAAGGACACGAGCUCCCUGAAGCCGAUGGAGGUGGUAUGUCCGCCGGCGGCCACGAGCCGCGUGCGCGCGCCGGACGCGACGCUGACGCUGGCGCAGCGCGACGACGCCGCCGAGUACGACGACGACGCGCAACAUGAUACUAACGACAUAAUAAUGUGGCGUAAGUCGAACAAGUUAGCCCUUCGACUGGAAGUGGAGACCGCGGAGGGCGCGGCGGGCGGGGCGGCGGCGGCGGCGCUGGUGGCGCUGCAGUACUCGUACCGCAACACCGUGCCGCCCGCCGCCGCCGCCGCGCAGCCGCGGGACCAUACUCUGUACACCACCGUCUUACUCGACCUGGGCACCGUCAGCUCCAACUAGUACGCAGAUCUCAUCGGUCAGAUUAUUUCCCCUAGAAAAAUGGUAUAAACGCUAUCUAGUAUAAGCAUCAUCAUUGUCUAAUGGACUGAUCAGUUAGUUGAUACAAAUCAAAAUAUGAAUAUUUAUGUUUUAUUCCUAGAGCUCUCUUAUUUACUAACAGAAAGAACAUAUUAAAUUCUUUGUGAAAACAAAACUCACAUAUAUUGAUAUGAUAAAAUAUUAUUUAUAGUAAUAAAGAUGCAAUAACAAUGCUCCUGUGAUCAACGACUAGAAAAAUGCACGAUUAACGAGUGCCCAUUCUUCUUUCAUUUGUGUGAGGCCUUGAUUUAUUAAUAGAAAACAUUUUAAGUUGAUGGUGUGAUAUUGCUUAUUAAAAUAUGGUAGGUACUCGUGACUUUCUAGUCACACACUAUAUCAAUUUCCUUUUCUUCUAAUAUGUAUUUUUAUAACCGAAUUACUUUGAUGUUCGAAUUUAAGUUUAAUUUAUUUGCACCAGAUAAAACUCAAUGUGUUUUCUUUUAUCUUAACAGUUCAAGAUAAUUUGGAAAAAUUACUAUGACACAAAUAGGUCAUCUGAAGUCGGAAAUAAUAAAUAACUAAUAACUCAAUUAUCUAUGUUGUAUGUGAGAAAGAGAAUAAUUUGUAAAUUAUAAUAUUUGCUUCUGACGUUACUGAAAACGAAAUAUUAUGGCUUCCAGUUUUACAAAAACGAAAGUUUGCGUUAGUCUAUCACAUUCUUGACCCAGUAUCUUAAGAUCAAACGAGAUUAGUACUUAAGAUGUUACUAAAACAUAUAAAAAUAUCAGCAGCACUAGCUAGAAGUUACAAAUAUACCAAUUACUAAACGAAUGUAUAUUUUGUAAGAUAAUAUCGAAUAUUUUAUAUUGUACAUGCAUAGAGCAGCUAGGAACAGUCACAUGUGCCUAAACAUUAACUUAGCUUGUUAUUUUUACUUUUAAAAGUGUCGCCCAUGUUAGGGAUUCUCCUAAAAUGGGUGUGAAAUGAAAUUAUUCGUGAAAUUCCAUGAACUUGGAUAUUUUAGUUAGCUAUUUAUUUUUAUAGGCUUUAUUAAGAGGUAAGAUAUUAUUUUAGAAUAAGAUGUUCUCACUACUUAAUAUCUGUGCAUAUAACCAUUAGCUUGAAGUUUGCACGUUUUAUACAUACUGCUACAAGUAUUAUAACAUGUUUGCUGAAAUAAAAUAUUUUCAACAUUA